CUCCAGUAACCGCUCUAACUGCUCUAAACGUAACGUGUAGUGAAAUUCUCGCAGACUUUAAAUUACGACGAGUACCAACGGUAACCGACGGCUACCGACACCGACGCUGAAAUUUUCAUAGCAGUUGGUGUUGGUGGUAACUCACCGAACGCUCGAUAUGUUUGUGUUGCUUACUAGCGGCGCCUGGAGUUGACUCACCAACUAGAAACGUGGUUCCACUCACAUCUGGUAUAGUGUAUUUGUAUAGUUUAAUACGUUGUUGUCAGUUUAACGAUAUUUUUACAUAAUUUUAAAUUGUUAAUUCAACUUGAGAUACUUUUAGUAGUUUCAAAUCGACCAUGUUCAAAAGAAGACUUAAAGUCCUUGGUUAUGUGGAAUGCGACAAAGUUAAUGCGAACGAUCCUCAACACUUUCGUAAAGUAGUUGUUUGGUUGGAGGAUCAAAAAAUACGACGGUAUGAUAUACGAGAUCGUAAAGAGUUACGUGACUUAAAAAGUGAGAAUUGGCCUAAUGUUUUUUCAACAUAUUGUAAGGAUGUUAACUGUCCAGUCUCUGGUAACGCUUUGAGUCAACUUGAAUGGCUGCUUGGACAUGCAAUCUGGUUAGAAGCAGAAAAUAACAGUGAGGAAUAUUCCGAAAAUGUGAAAGAGAUGAAAAUAAAAAUGAAAAAUGAAGCACUGGUACCCCGCCUUAUAUCUAAGAAUCCAUUAGAUAAUUUAAACUUUGACAGUAAUGAGUUCAAAACUGGAACAUACUCUGUGGCAAAGCUACUUCGUGUUCCACACCACUUGAAUCAUCUGCUCUCGUUAAAAGCCUGCAGUAAACUGGUGCAGAAGAGGUUAAACCCAGAGUGCUUGCAGAAUCCAAAUUCCAAAAUUAUUCGAGGCAAACCAUUCCCUGUGAUGAACAUCGUUCCUGGGUUUCAACUGAACAAACCCGCAUUAGAAAAUGCGGCUAAGAUCCUUACCCUCCUUUAUAUUCAAGAUAUAAGAAAUCUUCAAACAAAAAUUAAUGAGGUGAUCGUUCGCGUACAAAAUAUCACCGCUAAUCCUAAGACUGACACUAAGUUAGGAAAAGUUGGAAAAUAAAUAAUUAUUUAUAACUAAAAGUAUAGAAGAUUCAAAUGUGACACAUUAAAAACCAGUCUAUGUUAGCAUGGGACUGGAUCUCAUCAGUAGAUUGUCAGCAAUAGUUUUGUUGAUUUAAGGUUAAGUUACAGAAGUUUUGUGUUUCAAGCUUCAGAUGCUGACUGAUAUGUAGUAACAAAACUUGUCAACAAGAAUAUC